AUGGACCAGGACAUGGAGGAGCUGCUUGCCGGCGUGAGGAAGGCUGCGUUGGAGCGUGGAUCAGCAUGGCUGAGGGAGCAGCUGGGAUCUGCGCUGGAGCCGGUUCGAGGGUCUGGAAGGCCGGUGAGGAGGACCCGUCCGCCGCGUCGUUUGAGCCCUGGUGAGGAGGAGAGGCCCAGCGACGUCCGUGGUGCGGCCUCCGGUGCCGGACCAGGCCGGAGCACCGGUGUUUCCCAGGACGGCGGCCGGGAUUCGGAGCGGAGGAGGCGGCGUCCGCCGCGGACGGCAGGAUCAGGUCGGCAGGCGACGGAGGGACGUUCCGGUGGGGGUGAGGAUCGCGGCCGGAGCCCGGGCAGGGACCCAGCCCGCUCCCCAGACGGAGGAUCCGGCGGCCGGAGCGGCAGGAGGAGGAGCAGCCGCGUUAGGCCUCCGGGGCCUAGCGGAGGCUUGGACCGGGUGUCGUCCGGAGCAGAGUCCCCAGAUCCGGAGGCAGGGAGGAAGAGGAGCCGGAUGGAUGACCGGGUGCAGCCUGGAUUGCGGCCUACGCGUGCUGGGAGGAGUGGAUCGGCGGCUGUCAGGAGUCAGCGGGCGGUGGAGGAUCGACGGCAGCCGGAUUUGCAGCCUGGGAACGCGGCUUCGGUGGCAGCCACUCCACAGGUUCCCUCGACGUCCGCACAGGAUUCUACGGCCCAGCGGUUCGGUGCAGCCGGGGGAUCAGUUGUGGGAUCGGUUUCGGCGGGAGGCUCCUGGGGCGGACGCCGUGGGCUUCCCGUGCCCGGAGGUGAUGUGGCAGCUCGGGACCGCUUGCUUGCGGGAUGGGUGAGGUCGUCAUUGGCGCCUGCGACGUGGGCAGCUUAUGAUAAGGUUUGGCAGGAGUGGGACCGGCUGGUGAGUUGUGUGGGUCUGGUGGAAGGGGAUGGCGCCCGUUUGGAUGUUUUGUUGUGGUAUCUGACUGGGUUGGCUUUGGAGGGUGCUUCCCCCUCUAAGGUAGAUAGGGUGUUGGCGGCUUUGGCCUUUCUGUUUAAGUUACAGGGUUGGGCUGAUGUGACGAAGCAUUUUGUAGUUCGUCAGGUCUUGAAGGGGAUUAAGAGGGGGCGGCGGGUGCCUGAUGCUAGGCGUCCGUUGUCUGCGGGGCUGCUUCGUCGGUUGUUUGGGGUGCUGGGGGGUGUUUGUUUUGAUGGUUUUGAGGUGCUUUUGUUUCAGGCGGCUUUUGCUUUGGCCUUUUUUGGUGCCUUUCGGGUGUCGGAAUUGGUGAGUCCCAAUAAGUCGGUUCAGGGUGGUUUGGCUUCGCGAGAUGUCAUGUGUGAGGGCGAUUCCGUGGUUAUCUGGUUGAGGUCUUCUAAGACUGAUGUGUUGGGACGCGGCAAGCAGGUUAGGUUGUAUGCUCUGCCUGGGGAUGUCAUUUGCCCGGUGCAGUGCGUGCAGCAUUAUUGGGAUGUUCGGCCGGCGGGUGGGGUGUCGUUUUUGGUUCAUCGGGAUUUAUCGCCAGUGUCUCGAUUUCAGUUUUUACGUGUGAUGAGGCUGGGGCUUGGUAAGCUUGGGUUGGCGUCGGCUGAAUUUGGGACGCAUUCGUUCCGGAUCGGGGCGGCUACGGAGGCGGCUCGUUUGGGGUUGGAUGAUGGCGUCAUCCGGAGAAUUGGGCCUCGUUUCAUCGUGUGGAUCAUCGGCCACUCAUUUGUGUACUGGGCCCAACGGAGAGCCGCAGUUAGGCGCAACGGCCUGCAGCUGGGCUUCCCCAUGGACUUGGUGCAUGUGAGGUGGUUUGGGAUACGGGGCAUGGUGUGGGAUGGAGUGUUGUUGGAGGUGGUGAAGUAUUUGAGGUUGGGUUUCCGGCCCUCGGUGGUGGUUAUCCACGCUGGGGGUAAUGAUAUGGGGGCUACGCCUCAGCGCGAGCUUGUGUGGAAGAUGAGGCGUGAUGUUGAACGUUUGUUGGAAUUGGUGCCUGGCUUAUUGUUGGUGUGGUCGGAGAUGAUUCCUAGACGCAACUGGCGUCAUGCGAGGGAUAGGGCAGCUAUGGAGCAUAGCCGUGGGAAGGUUAAUAAGUUAAUGGCGAGUUUCGUACGCCGGCAUGGCGGGGUGGUGGUUCGCCAUGUUGCGUUGGAGGAGUUUUGCCCCAGUUUGUUUAGUGGGGAUGGGGUGCAUUUGUCGGAUUUAGGGCUUGAUUUCUUUAAUUUGGCUCUCACGGAGGGGAUAGAAAAGGCCUUGUUUUUUCUUGGGGGGGGAGCCCAUCCGGCUUAA